GCAGUCGAUCUGGGAAGAUGUUCAUGAACCAGUGGAGUUACAUCUCUAAACACUGUGGACUUAUAUGUGAGGAGAGUAGGACUGUGUUCGACUGGUUCUUAUAACGCUUAGUUAUAUUUUAAAUAUCACUUCUAUAGAUAUAUUUUCAUUCAACAACUGCUGACGUUCUCGGUCAGCUGGUCUGAAACUGUUGCAUGAAUAUGGAUGCGACUGUGCCGGAAAAAGACACUACCAAUGAAAAACGAAAUUAUAAAGUCUUAAUUAUCGGUGCCGGUAUAGCAGGAAUAGCUGCCGGGAACCAUCUAACAGAAGCCGGGUUCAAAGACUUCAAAAUAAUUGAAGCCUCUGAUCGAACGGGAGGGCGAAUUUGGACCAUAAACGUCGAUGAUGACCACAACAAAGUGGAGUUGGGUGCCAACUGGAUCCACGGCAUCGAGAGAAAUCCCAUUUUUAAGAUUGCCUACGACAACAAUCUGUUGGAAUUGCGGCAUGGUGACAAAGGCCUGUGCCACAAGAACGCAUUUCUGACAGAGGAUGGAGAGGAAAUCAAUGAGCGAACUGUGAACCAAAUCAACCUCAUGUACGGACAACUUAUCAUCCAGGCCGAGGAUUACUAUCAGAGCAACAUUCCUACUCCAGAGGAAAAUGACAGUGUGGGUGCAUUCUUAGAACGUGAGUUUUCAGCAAUGGUCGAAAGGUAUUCCAACGGAGACCGCCAUGUACGCGAAGUUUUAUUUGACCAAAGGAAACUGCUGGAGUGCUGUAUAUCUGGUUGUGACACGCUACACGAAGUGUCGCUCAGUGAAUUCGGGGGUUAUCAAGAACUACCUGGAGUGCAUUACUCCAUUCCCAAUGGCUUCAAAUCAGUGUUAAACAUUCUUAAGAAAAACAUCCCCACAGAAAACAUACUGCUUAACACCCCAGUCAAAUGUGUGCACUGGAAUCGCAAGCAUUCCGAUGACAACCAGUACGAGGUCAAAGUUGAGUGCGAGAAUGGAGAGGUGUUCUAUGCAAAUCAUGUGUUAGUGACUGUUUCCCUCGGUGUUCUGAAAGCGGCCUGUGAUCGCAUGUUCGACCCACCGCUGCCACCAGACAAGCUCCAGUCCAUUGAUCGUGUGGGAUUUGGCAUUGUGGACAAGGUGAUAGUUCAGUUUGACGAGCCAGUCACGCCCCCAGAAGUGUUCCAUGUCGAAAUGUUAUGGGACAAGACGAAGGUGGAAAUUCCAGAUCUCCGACAUACCUGGUAUCGCAAAAUCUACUCCUUGGAGGUUACCUCGGGCAACGUUCUUGUGGGUUGGCUAAGUGGAAAAGAGGCCCUGUAUAUGGAAUCUCUGACUGAAGAACAAGUGGGAGAAGAUAUUGUUUCAUUUUUAAAGAAAUUCCUCAAGAAAAAAGACAUUCCUCAACCCAAGAAAGUCAUCAGAACCAGAUGGGGAAAUAACCGUUACACAAGAGGAUCCUACAGUUUUAUCCAAGUGGGAGCCAGUAUGAGUGACACAGAGGUCCUGGCUGAGCCUGUGUACGGAUCAGCUUCAGAUAAGCCCCAAUUGCUGUUUGCCGGAGAAGCUACACACUCGGAAUACUACUCUACUACACACGGUGCCCUGGAAACUGGCAAGAGGGAGGCUGCCCGCAUCCUGGACAUGUACAAUGUUUGAGGCCCCUAAAAGGGAUUAUUGCACCUUGGAUCCCAGGGACCUGUCCAAUACAGAAAACCAUAGUCAUGAAUGAUUCAUCACAGGCUAAUGGGCCAAUGUGUACAUGCAACCGACAGCUACAAUGCAAGGAAUCUUCAGUACAGAAAGACUGUCGCUUUGUGCACACUGUCCAAAUUUUCAUGACCGACAAUUUCCGAGGAAGUUGGAGAACAGUCUUCAUUCUUUUGUGCUGUUGGAGAUUGAUGAUAAUGCAAUUUAUACCACAAACAUGUUAAACUUUUUCAACAUUAAGUGACAAUCACCCUUGUGAUGUCGUUUUUCUGUGCAAACUUACAACUACCAGAAUGACCGUUAGCCUUUGUCUUUGGUGCAAAUGGAGGCAUUCGAGUGACGUUGGGUAUAUGAGAAAUUGUAUAUUUAAAUUUGGAAGUGCUAUAUAUGCUAACUGAAAUGACAGUUUCUUCAGAGAAAAAAAAUGCAAAAAUGUAUUGAACUACAUGAAUGUGUGAACAUUGCUGUUUAUUCCCGAGCGGAAAACUAGACCAGCGUAUCGGUCCCAAUGUGAAUUUUGUAUGCAGGAGAUCAUAUGCAUAUUCUUGUUACCUGUCACACAUAGAAUAGGGUGCUUGUUAAAAGGUUACAUAUGUGUUCAGCUCAAAGUUGGAAACUGAGGACUGUGUGUUUUAUCUUUAAUGUAUCAUAAAGUGGAUAAUCGUUGUAUAAAUCAUCCGAAAAAGAGAAAGUAGAUGAGAAAAUGUGUCGUGUGCCGGCGUGAUUUUAUAUCGAUGAAUCGAAUGAAGAAGUUUCGGAUGUGCAAAUUCUACGCGUGUAUGCUCUGUAUAAGUUGUGCAAGGAAUUUUGUAAAAUGGAUUAAUAUAUAGAUAUUGAUAUAUAUGACUUUUACUUUGUAAUCACAUGUAGGUCCCACACUGGGGUCGUGGUCCAGGUCACUCAGUAAUGCGUCAAGCAAUUAGCAUAGUCAUAAAGACAAAGACAUAUACCUGAUAUAUGUUAUAUAUUUACAUUCAGGAUGCGAGAGGCGAAUGCAAGCUCUGCUACACCAGGUUAUGUGUAAUUUCCACCAGAAGGAAGUAUGUUUGAGUCGAUGAAAACGUGAAAGACCGGAGUGUGAUAGUGAAUAGUCAGUAAUAAUGUAUUGUGAUUUUUAAUUGGUAUCGUUAAUUUACGGCUUAAUUAGCAAUUCAGGCCAAACAUGUCUUAUUUACAAAAUCUAGUCUUGGAGUUGCACACGAUAUGUGGUCACCGAUGAAAAUCGUUAUAGUAUGUAUCAAUAUUUUUUUUUUUUUUUUUUUUUUGUCCUUUUCUAAGUUGUCGCAAUGGUUGUUAGUAGAAGUGAAGUAGGGAGUGUGUAUUGGUUCACUACAAAUGUUGUCUUCACUUUGUUUUUGUCAUCAAAUUUAGUUCUGUUCCAGCUCUCUUUAUUCGUGUCUUUAUAUCAAAGUUUUUAAUUAUUUGGAGAAAGAACAAGUGGCUAUUUAUAGCUUUCCGAUGAAAUUAUAUCAUACAAAAAUGUUCAUCUCAUCAAUUUUUUUUCUUUUUUUUUUUAAGUUGCAUGCAACAUGGACAAUGUAAUUAAGAGCAAAAAUAAAAUUGUUCUAUUCUACAAAUUAAAAUGAAUAUUCUUUUAUAGAGAAACAGAAGCAAAUAUAAAAAUCAGAUAUAUACAUAUAUAUGUAUAUUUAUGCUACAUGAACACAUGUAGAAUAUUAGAAACGAAACCACCAGCCUCUCGGCUGUGGAAUACUUAGUAUGUUGUAGCAGAAAGGAAAUGUUUAAAUUUUCGAAUGAAGAACCAAUUCCAUUUGUUUCCAACAUAUUGUGGACAAAAUAUAUUCAUAUCGUGAUCAUGAUAGUGGAAGUUCGUGAACAUUGAAUAUAUAUAUACAUGUAUUUAUACAAAUUUAAACUAGUUGAUUAGCAGAUUUUAUGUUUUGAAUAUAUUGGAUAUUAAACGCUGAUGUCUCAUUUAUAUAUAAAAAAGUAGCUUUAUUGAAUUGUUCAUUUUAAAGCAAAAUAUAUUUGAAUCCUAAAUAUACUCUCUCCUGAAAGAAACCUAAAUGGAUAUUAAAUAUUAAUGUGAUUGAGUCAUUUCAAUAUUCAGAAUUCAUUGUGUGGUCAAUUAUUAUGACCAUGUGUGUGAUAUUUUGUCAAAUAUAGUUAAAAUCAUGAAUAUUUGAUAUUAAGACAAAUUUUAGAAAAUUUCUCUCCAUUAUCAUCAUGAAAAUGGGAUUAGACCAUCAUUUAUACACUAUUUAUUGUUAGCAGAUCUAGAGUUGACACUUCCAACAGAUGAAGUUAUACAUGAAGGAAACAAAAAAAUUUGACAACAGUUCCUUUGUUGCAUCUUGCAAUUCCUUAGACUGUUUAAUCAAGCAAUGAACAGCGGUUUUAAUGUUGUUAUUGUCGAUAUGGCAGCAACCCGUUAGGGUUCCCAUGCUACAUUUGCCCACCAUACAUCUUGCUGCCAUAUCGACUAUAACAGCGUUAAAACCACUGUUCAACACUGGGUGUUAUAGGCGUAUGGUGACAACUGCCUCUUAGCAUUGUGUCAAUGGGGAAAUACGGAGCAAAUGUAAAUAUUAAGGAAAUGUAUUGUGACACUGUAUGUUUUGGCAUCAUUUUCAUAGCAAUGGUAAUAAACAUUUGAUUCAUCAAUGUCAAACUGAUAAAUAAUAGUAACAUCAAUAGGUUGAUACAAAGAGCAUUGUGUGGAAAAAGCAAACAACAACAACAACAAAAAUCCACUAGUUGUUUGUUUUUAGCACAUAAUGAUAUUUUUCUUAAUCUUAUAACAUUAUUUCAUUUAUUUGUUGUGACAUUGGUGAAGGAAAUGUUUAUAAUCAUCGCUAUCGAAGUGAUGUCAUAACCUAUGAUGUCACAGUACAUUUCCUUUGAAUAAGCAGUCUGAAGAAUUGCAAGAUGCGAGGAAAAAACUUAAGAUGUCUUUUCGGGUUUUUCUUUUUCUUAAUGCAUUAUAAUUACUUCAUCUAGAUCUGUAAGGAUCAUACAUAAUGAUUCAAUAUGUAAAGCAUUCUGGCCAGAUUAUUCAAGAUUUAGUUCAAUUACUUAUAUAUUAAGAUUUUCAGAACUUUAAAUGUUUUUAAAUUUAAUGCAAAUUCUAAUAGGAAUUUUUUUAACAGCAAUACACAAAUUUGGCCAAUCUUGGUUUAGAUCCCAGAUUUCAUUCAAAGAAGCCAGGUUAAUGAAUAUUAAUUGUCAUGCGUAUACGUGGGUAAAAAAAAUCCUCUCGGCCGUAAUGAAUUCAUGAAACUUGCUAACAAUAAUACAAUAGUACAUAUAAAGAAAUUAGUUGACAUCUUUUAAUUUGCUCAAUACUACGAACUUGUGCUUGUAACUCGCAUUUUACUAGUAGUUGGCCAUGGACAAGUAAUUAUUUAAAACAUAUUUUUGUUACUUUUAUUUUUUAUGUGUAUUUUAGCAGAAAUUUUGCAUCAGGCAUUUUAGUUGCAUUAGAAAGAAUCAGAAUGAAAUCAUAUGAAAGCCAUGACAUUGUUAGAAGACUUACUAGUUGUUGAGGAGUCGCCCGAAUGCUAUUUUUCAUAGACAGUAGAUGUUGGAGAGUAUUGAUGUUGUUGAAGGACAGAUGUAUAAUAUACAAGUCCUCAAUUUUGCCUCACAAUACACUCCUAUAUGAACACUGUAGAUUUCUGCCGGUAAAGCUACUGAAAGUGAUGGCCUUUGUUUUAUCGUAAAACAGAUUAAAUAUUAAAGCAUUCCUUUAAGUUGCAGUUCAGCUAUAAAUAAGGGAGGCUAUUUUACCUAGGGUCCUGUAUACAGUGUGUGACGAUGACAAGAUGAUGACCAACAGCAACUGAAUAUGAAUGAAAAUAAAAUGUUUGAAAACAGAAAAAAAA